CAACAUAAUAUAGCAAAAAUGGAUUGCAAGAUUUCUUCAACAAAGUUGGCUUGUAUUGUUGCUUAUUUACUUUUUGCAUGCUUUUUUCAACUUCUUAUGGCAAACGAGGAGGCCAAGUUAAAUGAUGAGUUAAACGUCAUACAACUUCCAGAGGCAAACUCAGAAGCACUUGAUGGUGUGAAUCAAGUGUUUGUAACUCGAUAUGCUUUGGGGGCAUCAAGAUUACCACAUCAAUUGUGCAUUUGUUAUAUGAGGCUUAAAGUUUCAAGAGAGCCUUUAUUCAGGUUAAGGAUUUCAAUUACAAAUCUUUCAUGCUUCAAGCCAAUGACAACUCCUUUAAACCAAAGUUUUAGGACAUAUACUGUUAUGAAUCAAGUUCAACCUAAUGUGGAUACCAAGAUCACACCAGUAGUUAUAGGACUGACAAGGGCUAUUGGGCCCAGAACAAGCAAUAGAGUCAGGUUAAUUUGGAAUACGGGUCGAGUAGUGGAUGUAAGAAUGGUUCCAUCAAAAGGUGACGAUCACUGAUUUAGGGAUUAUAAUAUUGAAGAAAAUAUUUUUCUUCUCCUCUUCUUCUAGAGUCUAAAGUUUUUCAUCUCCUGUUCUUCUUCUAUCUUUAAUUAUUUGUUAUUUCAAUAUUUCCAUUAUAAUUUGAUAGUUUGAUUAUUGCAAUCAGAAUCUUAAGGUUGUAAUUAUAUUCCACUGUUCUUAUCAAUAUAAUGAGAAUUUCGAUUUGUUAGAUA